AAAGAAGAAGAAGAAGAAGAGGGUAGCUCAUGAACGCGCUCCGCUGCUGGGCCGGUCACGUGUUUGUGAACAAGGCUCUUCUGAGGAAGAUGAAGAUGAAGAUCGGGACUCAUAACGGCACUUUUCACUGCGAUGAAGUUCUGGCGUGUUUCCUUCUGCGACAGCUGCCGGAAUACAAGGACGCAGAGAUCCUCCGCAGCAGAGACUCUUCGCUCCUGAAGGAGUGUGAUGUUGUGGUGGAUGUUGGAGGAGAAUAUGAUCCGUCUCAGCAGCGCUAUGACCAUCAUCAGAGGUCUUUUGUGGAGAGCUUCCACAGCUUGUGUCCGGAGAAGCCCUGGGUGACGAAGCUGAGCUCGGCGGGGCUCGUGUACCUUCACUUCGGCCGACGGGUUCUCUCUCAGCUGACCCAGCUGAAGCAGGACGAGCCCCAGCUGGAGGUCCUGUAUGACAAGAUGUACGAGAGCUUCGUGGAGGAGGUGGAUGCGGUGGACAACGGGAUCAGUCAGUGUGACGGAGAGGCACGGUACUCCAUCACCACCACCCUCAGCGCCCGCGUCGCUCAUCUCAACCCUCACUGGAACAGACCACAGCAGGACACCGAGGAGGGCUUCCAUAAAGCCCUGGAUCUUGUAGGAGCAGAGUUCAAGGACCGCCUGGAUUACUUCAUGAAGGCCUGGCUCCCGGCGAGAGAGAUUGUGCAGCAAGCUCUUCAGACCAGAUAUAAGGUGGAUCCGAGCGGAGAGCUGCUGCUGCUGGCUCAGGGAGGCUGUCCCUGGAAAGAGCAUCUCUUCUCACUGGAGAAGGAGCUGAAGGUGGACGUGCCCAUCAAGUUUGUGCUGUACUCGGAUCAGAACGGACACUGGAGAGUCCAGUGUGUCCCGGCUGGACUCAACACCUUCCAGAACAGAUUGAGUCUUCUGGAGGAAUGGCGAGGGGUCCGUGACGAGGCCCUUUCGGAUCUGAGCGGGAUUCCCGACUGCAUCUUCGUCCACGCCAGUGGCUUCAUCGGAGGAAACCGGACCCAGGAGGGAGCGCUGGAGAUGGCCAAGAGAACCCUGCAGACGGCACCCAGACCUUUAUCCAGCUCCUGACCGCUCGCUCACACCAGUACUGCUCUUGUGCUCGUGUUAAUGCUUUGGUUUGUAUUCACUUUGGAAAAUACAGAACUUUACAGAGA